AUGCUUGGAGGAAUAGCACGAACUAAAAUCGCCCCAGCGGCCAAACACUGCCCCUCCCUUUUCACAAGAUCAACAAGGGUGAAAACUGAUGCAGUACCUCGAAAAUGCGUCCAGAUCGCAUCACGAAACUUAACCUCGAAAUCCAAAGUACCCCUCAUUUCCACAAGACAAUUUCGAUCAAAUGCAUCAGGUCGAGCAGCUGUGACCGAUCUUCCUAUGUUCCAUGAUGGGCCUAUGCCAGCACCCUACGAACCUCCAAAUACUGCCAAAGUACCUGGAUUACCAGUUUACGAUUCUGCCCUUUCUGACAGGACCGCGUACUGGCAAAAGAUUCCUCGCUGGAAAGAUAUCACUGAAGCUCAAUUCUUGAAAUACAAGUUUCAUACAAUUCAUACCAUAUCCACUAUAAUGCAACUGGAAGUUUUCAUGUUGGAAGUUUUACCACCGGUACUUCGGAGACACCCAGACUUCCCAGGCAUUAUAACCCGAGAAGACUUCAUUGAGGAUGUCAAAGAGGGAAUCAAAUUAGCGCCAAUGUCGAUUCGCCUGCCACCUCAUAUCCUGAGUAUCAUUGAUUGGGAAAAUCCAUUUGAUGAUCCUAUCCGUCGCCAAUUUAUUCCAAUGAAAUCAAGCAAACUAGAGGACCAUCCAAAGGUUGAACUGGACUCGUUGCAUGAGUCGGAUGAUUCUCCCGUAGAAGGCUUCGUUCAUAGGUACUACGACAAAGCCUUAUUCUUAGCAACAUCACAAUGUCCGCUCUACUGUCGCUUUUGUACUCGUUCAUGGUCCAUCGGACCGGACAUGCAAAACGUCAAGAAAACCACCUUUAAACCUCAGCGAAAACGCUGGGAAGAUAUCUUUACUUACAUUGAAGAUACCCCUCAACUCCAAGACAUAGUUGUUUCUGGCGGAGACUGCUACAUUUUAACCGCCGAAAAUAUUCGACUUAUUGGUGAACGUCUCAUCUCAAUUCCCCACAUCAAACGAUUUCGCUUUGCCACAAAAGGCCUAGCUGUAUCUCCUGCUCGCAUUCUUGAUGACAGCGAUGGAUGGGCAGCUGAGAUGAUUCGUCUUUCAGCUUUGGCUAAGAAGGCAGGCAAGAGUAUGGCUAUCCAUACGCAUUUCAAUCAUCCACGUGAAAUGACCUGGGUUUCAAGAAUGGCCCUUCAGAGACUACACGAAAAUAAUGUCACCGUGCGAAAUCAAACUGUCUUACUUAAAGGCGUCAAUGAUGAUGUAGCCACCAUGAGUAACCUCAUCAAAACUGUGGCUGAUAAUAACAUUAUUCCCUACUAUGUUUACCAGGCCGAUAUGGUACAAUAUGUGGAAGAUCUCCGCACGCCACUCUCAACAAUCCUCCAACUCGAACGCCACAUUCGCGGCUCCAUCGGUGGUUUCGUAACACCCAACUUCGUCGUUGAUCUUCCCGGUGGCGGCGGCAAACGUCUCGCCGCUUCAUAUGAUUCCUACGAUCCUAUUACCGGCCGCUCAACAUUCACCGCUCCAGCCGUCACUGGUAAAAACAAAGAGAACCGAGUCUACGAAUACUGGGACCCUUUGCAUUCUCUCCCCAAACCCACUUCUUCAUCCUCCUAG